AUGGGGAAUGAACGGCGAGGCGCGGGGGAACAAGCGUCGACGAGCGAGACGACGACGCCGAGCACGGGGAAAAGGUCAACGUUCUUCUCGUUAUCGGGCGCGAGAAAGUCGACUAAUGGUGUUGGUGGGGCGACGACGAUCGAUUUAAUGCCUUCGCCUGCGGUGCGUGCGCGAUUGAAGGCGGUUGAAACUGAAAAGGAGGCGCUGCAAGCGCUGGCUACCAAGUUGCGCGAAUCCUCCGAAGCCGCCCUCGAAGAGGCGUACUCAAAGCGGAGUGAAGCAGAAGAACGAGCGAAAUCCAUGUCAGAGAGACUGCAAAAAAUGGAAUCCGACAGGGCGUCGCUUCAAGCCGAUAUGGCGGCUGUUCGCGCGCAGGCGCAGGCUCUCGCAAAGGCAAAGGAGGAGCACAUGCGCGCGUUGCGCAAAGAGAAGCGUGCCGCGGAGGCGGCGGCCAAAGCGCUCGAGCAGGCGAAAGAGGACGCGAACACUGCGGUGCAAGAGCGUGAAUUUACAAUUGCGAAUCAGGCGGCGAUUUUAGAAGAGCUCGACGACGAACUCGAUCGUGCGGAGCGAAGUCGAGAAAAGGCUGAACUAGUCGCCGCCGAAAAGGACAAACUUCUCAAGCAACUGCGGGCGCAGCUCGAUGAGGCUAAGCACGAGCUCGAGAUGGCGACCAAGCAUCAGACGUCAAAGCAAAAUGCUGAUACGGGAGGUGUGCGCGCUAGUCAGGAAAAGUUACUGCAGCUCGCCGCGGCUCGUCAAGAGGCAGAGGCGGACGCGGCGCGCGCGCGCCAAGAGGCCAAGAGUCUCGCAGUUGAAGUCGAGGCGCGCCGUGCAGAGUUGGAGACUGUGCAAUGCGAACUCGAAAAGUGCUUGCAAGAGGAACGUAUGGAGCGACAGCGGGCUGAAGAGGCGUACUCGGAGGUACAGCUUGAGCGAAAUACCUUAGAAGUACUCGUUGAGAAGCGCACUUUGGAGAAGAUUGCUCUGGAGGAGCGACUCGAGGCGGUUACUGAAGAGGCUGAAUUUCUUCGAUCAGAAAUGAAAGAACGCGAUGAAAUGCUUCGUGAAGGUAAUCAGCUUGUGGAAGCAAAGGAGACCGAGCUUGAACAAGCCGUCACGUAUGUGCUACACAUUCAGGAACAGCUCGAGCAAAUGCAAGCAUCCGGGGGCGGUGACAACACCGAGGUCGCCGAGCGAAUCAAAGAGCUGCAAAUAAAGCACGAGGCUUUGCGCAUGGAAAAGCAGAAAAUUCUCGAGGAUAUGCACACUGAAAUUGCUGAGCGCGAUGCACUGUUGUAUGCGAGUAAGAAGUCGCUGGAAUCGAAAGAGGCUGAGCUCGAGGCACUGCGAGCUGAGUACAGCACCAGGACGACGGAACUGGGACCACUUGAAAUUGAGCUUCAAGGUUUGCGGGAAAGAGUCUAUUCUUACAAAUUCGAGUUGGAGGAGAAAAAUGCACAACUGGCUGCGAAUAAUGCGCUCGUGAAACAGAUGAUGUCGGCCGAAAAGCGACAAACUGCGAAUGUUAGACGACUCGAGUUUGGUCUCGCAGAGCGCGAUGAAAAGUUGCGCAACUUCAACGAGGAGCUGAACAACUUGAAAAUGGAGUCUGAUCAACGAGACGAAAACAUUUCCGAGCGAUUGGACAGCUUAAAGCAGCGCGAAGGCGUGCUUGAGGCACUUCAACGUGCCACCGAGUUGCGAUUAGAGGAGCUUCGUGAGGAACACGCCGAAGCGGUGUCAAAGCUUACUGCCGAAAAGGCACGUGCCGAGACGCGGGCCUCACAACUCGAGCAACAGAUCGAUCAGCUGAAGAAUGAGUCUAACUCUCAAAACUUCGACGAGGUCGAGUCGCUCAAGGCUGAGCUUUCCGAGACGUGCGCCAAAUUGGAAGAGUCGCAGCUCGAAAUCGGACGGCUUUGUACAUCUAUUGCAGAACUGGAGCACAGCGCGGAAGAAUCGAUGAGCACUCUGAAGGCGCAACUCGAACUGACAAAGGGUGAACUCGAAAACGCCAUCUUGGAGGCGGAUGAAGCGCGCGCGACGACGGAGCAAGUCGAAGCAGACAGUCUCAGCAUGAUGAAGGACAUGCAGACGGUCAGCGAAGACUUGGAGAAGAAAAUCAACGAAUACAAGCAAUUGGUUCGCACGCGUGAUUCGGAGCUCAGAAAUCUUAAGAAGGAAGUGCACCUUAAAUCAUUUGAGUCCGAGCGCUUGAGAGAGUCCCAAAGCACUGGUCUUAAAGCUAUCGAAAAGCUCGAGACUGCGCUCAAGGCAAAGGCUGCCGAGUGCGAGCGAGCGAAGAGCGACAUUGUUAAGGCGCAGAAGCAGCUCACGAUGCUCCAGCAAGAGCUCGGUUCGAGUACGAAGACGCAAAAUGAAUUGCAGGGAGCGUUGAACGAAAUGCACCUCAGACUUUCAAAGUCUGAAGAGCAGCGAGAUAUGCUCGCCGGUUCGUUGGCGAGGCAAGAGGAGUAUCAGGAGAGCGUCAACAAAGCUCGCGAAGAGAUGCAUCAAAUCGCGUUGGAAGACGCUGCUGAUGAAAUCAGAAGCGUGCGACGAAAGUCGACUGUUCUGGCGACGGCUUUACAGCAACAUGUGAGAAUCAACGAGCUCGACGCAGAAGUUGCUCUGUUGGUUGAUGAAUUUGCCGAGUCGAUGCAAGCGACGCCGCAGGCGGCGUUGCCGACGCCGACAAUGACACUCAACGAGCCGAAGACCAAGCCAAAGACGUACCGCAAGACGCCAGCGAAACCAAAGGGAACAAAUUCGAGCUUCAUCACUCCUGUACGUCCUGACGCAAGCCUGAAGGAAAAUAUUCACAAGCUCAACGAACGCGCCGAUCAAAUUUCCUUCAACGAUUUGGCGACGAAGCAGCCCGGUUCGGAGGCAAAUGUGUACGCCACGCCAGGUGAUGAAAACCAAGGCGCGCGUAAAAUCGCAGGAAUAGAGGGGAAGAAAGCUUUGGCGCCUCAUUCCGCGACGAAGACGCGCCCCGCGCUCGGCGCCGUCUCUCAAAAUUUAGCGUAG